AAAGGUUGGGUAAGUCGUUAGAAGUGUAAAAUGGCGGCCGAUGAAAUAAAUUUACAAAAUUGUGUUCUGUUAAAAAACAUUUGCGCGUUAGCAGUUUGCUGAAUAUUGUCAGUUCACAGUUUGUAUUUACGUUUGUUGAACCUUCGUUUGCAACUGUUAACAACCGAAACGUGUGUGUUAUAAAAGUAUAAUAGAAAGUUUAUCUUAGUCACGGGCGUACAAUGUCAGUAAUUGCCUCAAAACCAUGCCACGAGGAAGAAAAUUCGAAAUUGACGGAGGAGGAUGAUUGGAGAAUGCAGAUGGCAUUCUGUAAGCUUAGGCAUACAGCGUCAAUCGAAGGUGUAAAUUGUAUUACACAAACAUGGAGAAUGAAAGAAAGGAUGAAAACCGUGAGCGUGGCUCUAGUUUUAUGUUUAAAUGUUGGCGUCGAUCCACCUGACAUUGUCAAGACACAACCAUGUGCGCGCCUCGAAUGUUGGAUCGAUCCUUUAUCAGUGAGUCCACAGAAAGCUUUAGAAACUAUAGGAUCUAAUUUACAAAAACAGUAUGAAAGAUGGCAGCCAAGAGCUCGUUAUAAACAAAGUUUAGAUCCUACAGUGGAGGAGGUAAAAAAAUUAUGCACCUCUUUAAGGAGAAAUGCAAAAGAAGAAAGAGUUUUGUUUCAUUAUAAUGGUCAUGGUGUUCCUAAGCCUACUAGUAAUGGUGAAAUAUGGGUAUUUAAUAGGACAUAUACACAAUAUAUUCCUUUGUCUGUAUAUGAUUUGCAAACAUGGAUGGGUGCACCUAGCAUCUAUGUAUAUGAUUGUUCUAAUGCAGGUAUUAUAGUGGAGUCUUUUCAACAAUUUGCAGAUCAACACGAAAAGGAAUAUGAGAUGGAAAAACAAGCAGUUCAGCAGAAUCGUGCCACUGGAGUGGUUGGUGCAACGGCACCGUCUUAUAAAAAUUGUAUUCAAUUGGCCGCGUGCGCAGCUAAUCAGAUUUUACCUAUGAAUCCAGAUCUACCGGCGGAUAUAUUUACGUCGUGUCUUACAACUCCAAUUAAGAUUGCGUUACGAUGGUUUGUGAUGCAAAAUACAUCCAAACUGGUACCAAAAAUUUCACUAGAUUUAAUAGACAAAAUCCCGGGACAGUUAACCGAUAGAAGAACAAUGUUAGGGGAACUUAAUUGGAUAUUUACAGCAAUUACCGACACAAUUGCAUGGAACACUUUGCCAAGAGAUUUAUUCCAAAGAUUAUUUAGACAAGAUUUAUUAGUCGCUAGUUUGUUUAGAAAUUUUCUACUUGCUGAAAGGAUACUUCGUUCGUACGACUGUACCCCUGUUUCUUGCCCAAAAUUACCACCUACUUAUCAGCAUCCUAUGUGGCAAGCAUGGGAUUUGGCACUUGAUCUCUGUUUAGCGCAAUUACCAUCUAUUCUUGAAAACGAAGAUCAAUUUGCGCAUUCGCCUUUCUUCGAAGAACAGCUUACAGCCUUUCAAGUAUGGCUUACGCUAGGUUCUAAAAAUCGUAACCCUCCAGAACAGCUGCCAAUAGUACUUCAAGUAUUGCUAAGUCAAGUUCAUAGAUUAAGAGCGUUAGAAUUAUUAGGAUGUUUCCUUGAUCUUGGUCCAUGGGCGGUGAACUUGGCUCUCAGCGUGGGCAUUUUCCCGUACGUUUUAAAAUUGCUUCAAAGCAACGCUAGAGAAUUACGCCCGUUACUUGUUUUUAUUUGGGCAAAAAUUCUUGCUGUUGACAGUACUUGCCAAGCAGAUCUUGUAAGAGAUGGCGGACACAAAUAUUUUUUAUCUGUUCUUCAGGAUACCUCCAUACCGAGCGAACAAAGAACAUUGGCGGCAUUUGUUCUAGCCAGUAUUGUAAAUGAUUAUAGACCAGGUCAGAUAGCUGCAAAUCAUGGUAGUCUCGUUUCGAUUUGUUUGGAGCAGCUUGGGGAUUCGAACGCUUUAUUAAGACAGUGGUUGUGUUUAUGUCUCGCGAGACUUUGGCACAAUUAUGAUAAAGCAAGGUGGUGCGGAGUCAGAGAUAUUGCUCACGAGAAACUAUUCACGUUAUUACAAGAUCCAGUUCCCGAGGUUCGAGCAGCUAGCGUUUACGCUUUGGGCACAUUUAUAAACAGCGUAACAACCCGCAGUGAACAUGCAAAUAACAUUGAUCAAAUUAUCGCGAUGACACUAAUUAAUACUGUCUCGCAUGACAUGAGUCCUUUAGUUAGAAAAGAAUUAGUAGUAGCGCUUCAAUGGAUGGUUUUGCAUUUUGAAAAUUCAUUCGUUACUUUAGCUUUGGCUGAAGAAAAUAGUCGAAAAGAUCUUGUAGUGGAAACAUUAUCUCCGUUUAGUGGAAUGAGACGUAUUAGUUCUAGAGACAGAUUAAAAAUGCUUUCUCCUAACAACGCGUACAGUGCAGACAGUACGGAUGGAUUCAGCCAAGAUCGCAUCAAGAGAGUCUCAUCCUCGUCGUCCAUUAGUAGUUUAGGACACAGUUCUCUUGGAAAUCUACCAAGUCUUUCUUAUGGUAGCAUAUAUAUGAAAUUGUGGCAUGGAUUAUGCAAUCUUGACAGCGAUCCUCAUCCUGCUGUUGCUGCCAUGUCUCAGAAGGUCACCAAUCAUAUUCGUAAUCAGGUCAAGGAAUCAUCAGCCCCUAAAGAAGUAAUUGAAACAAAAAUAUCUUCAUCGUUAUCUCUUCCACCGUCUCCAUCAAAUCGCACUACAUAUUUAAGCAACAGCAAAGGAGAAUCACCGCCUACGGUAAAUUCUGGAUCUGAUUUAUUACGUUCGUCGAGAAUACCAUCGCAUAGUAAUCGUUCAAGAAAACCGAUUCCUAAUACUAUAUCAGAAGAAGCUGACGAAGUAGCUGGAAUCAAAACUCCAUUGAUAACUUCGCAAUUUGUCGAGUGGAGUUGCGCUCAAUUUGCUCAGCCUUCGGUUAGCUUAGAAAGCGAAAUAGAAUCACUGAGUGAUUUGGAAAGUAGAAUUCAUUAUGAAAGAGAAUGGCGAUAUCUAAGGAAUAAAAAGCAAAGACGCGAAGCAAGAGAAGAACAAUUGCGAGCGGUACAAAGUAAAGUAGAAUCGCAAGUGUUCCAUGCAAGGUGUCCACAUUCUCCGGAAGUUUUAAUGUUUCACCCUUUCGAACCUCAUUUGGUUGUGGCGUUGAAAGAUUUCUUUGGAGUAUGGGAUUGUCAAACUGGUGCGAAGUUGACUUACUGUGCGAGUCGUGGAAAUAAAAUGUCGCGUAUUACGGCUUUAGAAUUUAUCAACGCUCACGAUGUAAGUUUAUUAAUGACCGGAUCUGAUGAUGGUUCGGUCAGAGUGUGGAAGAAUUAUAGCAGUAUGUUAAAUCGUGACCCGGUCUUACUUACCGCUUGGCAAGCGCUAGCUGAUAUACAGCCUACGACAAAAACCUCAACUGCUGGGUUAGUCACAAAAUGGGAACAAAGGUCCCUUACAUUAGCAGUGACAGGUGAUGUUCGGUUUGUUAGACUAUGGGACGCGGAGACUGAAUUGAAAAAGCAAGAUAUACCGACCGGUGCUGAUUGUUGCGCUACGUGUAUUGAUGUUGAUGGCGCAGGUGUAAUGAUGGCACUAGGUUGCGGAGACGGUUCUGUUCGCUUAUUUGACAGAAGGUUACCUCCGUUAGAAUCAAGAGUUAUGAUUUGGAGAGAACAUACCGCAUGGGUAUUAAGUACAUCCCUGAGAAAAUUUGAUAGAUCUGCACCACAAUUGUUUACCGGUUCGUCCUCAGGGGACAUUAGGAUAUUUGAUCUUAGAAAAAAUUCGUCUGUAAGCACUGUACAAAUAACACAAGGUAUUACAGCACUGGCAGCGCAUGAAAUGGCUGAUAUCUUUGCUUGCGGGUCAACAAAUCAUUGUAUAAGUAUUUACAAUACUAUGGGUCAUCAUUUAAACACGAUCAAAUUUCACGAAGGAUUCAUGGCUACCCGUAUUAGCCCUGUAAGUUGUUUAAGUUUUCAUCCCUAUCGAGUGAUUCUAGCAGCUGGAUGUGUUGACAGUACUAUUACAGCAUACGCGUCUGAACCACGUAGAUGACUAAUAGAAUUGGAAUUGCAGUAAACUUAUUUGCGUAAAUAUUUGUAGAUUCGUAGUACUUGAUCUUAGGAUUAGCAGUCAGUAAAAAGAAAAGCUCUAAGAUUGAAAUAUUUGAGUUCAUUUUAAAAAUCAUGAUAUGAAUUCUUAUAUUAUUAAUUAUUUAUGCCUUUCUACUGCGUUCUCAUUCCUUGUAUAAACGGUAUUCGUUGAUACAGAAAAACUAAUCGUAGAUUUGUAAUUGACUCGUGGGAUGAAUUAAUCACAGUCUUUAUGUAUAGACGACCAAAGAAAAGCUCGAUGCAAUUUUAGAAGAAAAAAAAACGCAGUUGAAAAUUAAUGUUCUUAUAAAUAAUGGUGCAUAAAAUAUGCAAAUGUGAUGCAACGAAUAGGAUAUGGGUGCAUGUAUAAAUCUGUUGAAUAUUUAACAAAGCUUGUACAUAGACACAUGAGCAAGGAAAUAACUUUAAUUAUUGUGCCAUGUAAAAUUAUAUUAAGUAUACAUCUAUUAUAUAUUACUUCAAUUGUAGUGAUCGAAUAUAUAAUUCCUUCUUUUUUUAACACAGUAAUCAGUAAUUUCUUUCAUUAAUUAUUUUUAUCUCCUAACAGUCUUUAGGAAGGAAACUUUAAAAAAUAUAUUUAUAAUUUUAAUUUAUGACAGUGCAAUAAUUCAUAUCUAAUUCAUCAGUUAGAUUAUAAAUAAUAAAUAAAUGAUUCUUAAGGUGGUAAAUAAGCUAAGUAUAUUAAUUCUGUAAACAAUCUACUGUACGUUUAUUUUUAUUUAUAAUUUUCUCAUUGAAUCUUUGGUUACUAUCAUAGGAAUGCUAUUUUUUAGGAAUAUUUGCUAUUUAGCAUUGUAUAGUUACGAUAUCCUACAUGGUAUUAAUAUUAUACUUUAGUGACAAUACUUUGUAAGAUUCUGUUCGUAAAUCAUGAAAAAUAUCGAAACUUAAGGUUACAUAAUUUAUGUGAAUGAUAAAAUAAUCAUACACCAUCUGAAAAAUAUUUUGCAAAUAAUUGUACGAUGAUGAGUGUAUUUGGUUACUUUAAUUAUUAAUUAUCAUUAAUCUAGUUAUUUUUUGCUACUUUAAUUACAAGUUAAUCGUCAAUGUACUAAAAGUACAAAUUAAUUCGGUGCCUUUUGCUCAAUUCAAAUUUAAACGUACUUCCACACGGGAAUUUUAAUUUGAAUGAAGCAAGACCAUCGAUAACAAUGACAUAUAUUUUAAUAAUUAAAAUUACUAUCAUUUUUGUACAAAUAAAUGUUUAAUUUAUCUUUUAAAGCACCAAAUUAAUUUAUAUACCUAAUACACAAAAAUGAAGCAAUCACGUUUCAUAUACUUCGUAUAUCAUGUAUCAUGUAUCGUAUCAUAUAUUAAUAACAAAGAAAAAUUAAAUUAUAUAAAUAAAUUAUAAACAAGGAAGAAAAUAGGUAUCUAAACGAUGCUAAUGUAAAUACAAUUAUAUAUAGAAUAUUAAAUACAUGCUAGAAGAAUCACCGUAAA